GUGCGAGCACUCCUCCUGCCUUGAGAGAGGUUAAGAGUUUACUUUUCAGAGUUCAAGGUUUGGUUUCGGUGAUUGUCUUCAGGACUGGAAUAAGGGUUACAGAGGCGGAAAGCUCCUCUCCAGAGAGCCAAGAUGCUGAAUAUGUGGAAAGUUCGAGAAUUGGUUGACAAAGCAACCAACGUGGUGAUGAACUACUCGGAGACGGAGUCCAAGGUGAGGGAGGCCACCAACGACGACCCCUGGGGGCCCUCAGGACAGCUGAUGGGGGAGAUCUCCAGAUGCACCUUCAUGUACGAGCAGUUCCCGGAGGUGAUGAACAUGCUGUGGCAGCGGAUGCUGAGAGACAACAAGAAGAACUGGAGGAGAGUCUACAAGUCUCUGCUGUUGCUGGCCCACCUGAUCAGGAACGGCUCCGAGAGAGUGGUCACCAGCACCAGGGAACACAUCUUCGACCUCAGGUCUUUGGAGAGCUUCCACUUCGUAGAUGAGAAUGGGAAGGACCAGGGGGUGAACGUGCGUCAGAAGGUGAAGGAGAUGGUGGACCUGGUCCAAGACGACGACCGCCUGAGGGAGGAGAGGAAGAAGGCCAAGAAGAACAAGGACAAGUUCAUCGGCGUGUCGUCCGACAGCAUGGGAGGCUACCGAAGCUACACGGGGGACAGGUACGACUCGUCGAGCGAGGGCCGGGGGAAGUGGGAGGAGGACUGGGACCGCAGCAAGGGGCCCUUCCCCUUCAGCGAGAAGCUGGGGGAGAUCAGCGACAAGAUCGGCAGCACCAUCGACGACACCAUCAACAAGUUCCGGAAGAAGGACCGAGACGACUCCCCGGACAGACUCAGUGACACCGAGGAGGAGAGAGGUUGCCCGUCUCGUAACGGCCAGUCAGGGAGGUCGGAGUUCAAAGACGAGGAGGAAACGGUCACCACCAAGAGUGUCCACAUCGUCCAGGCGACAGAAACCACGGCGACGCGGAAGAAAGGGGGCGUGCCUUCCAAAACGGUAGACCUGGGAGCUGCGGCCCACUACACAGGAGACAAGAGUCCAGCGGGCAGCACCAAACAGGUCCAGCCUGCAGCAGCUGCCUCCAGUGCUGGUCUAGAUGACCUGCUGAUGGUCGACACAGGACCCAGCCAGCCUGCAGCAGCCGCAGGCCUCAUAGAUGGAUUUGCUGACUUCUCCUCUGUUCCUGCUUCCGCCAGCCUCGCCUCAGGAUCUGCCCCGAGUGGGACCAGUGAAUUUGGGGAUUGGAACGCCUUCCCUGGAGGUCAGAUGCCACCCCCCUCCGCCCAGCCUCUGGCCCCCAGCGGGGUGGACCUGUUUGGGGCCGCGAUGGGCAGCCCGACCCCUGGCCUGGCCCCUGUGGCCCCCUCAGCAGACCUGUUUGACCUGAUGGGGCCGUCCCAGACCCAGACCCUGUCAGCCUCCCAGAGCCUCAACUUCAGCAUGAGCAGCUCCCACAGCAUGAGCAGCACUGGGAUGCCUCACUCUGUGUCCCAGCCGCUGCAGCCCCAGCAGCCCCAGCAGGGCAUGGCCUCUCAGGGCCCCGGGGCCAAGGCCAUGCUCCCGUCCACCUGGUCCAACCAUGCGGUCAACAUCAGCCUGGACUUCCUGUCUCCGGGCAUGCAGCCCCCCAAGCCCAGCCAGCCCACCCUCAACACCCUCCAGCAGGGUGUCCAGCCGCCGGUCAACAUGCUCUCCCAGGGAUUCGCCGGCAUGAACUUAGGCUCCGCAGCCAUCAGGCAGCCUACAUCUCCCAUGAUGCACCCCGGCAUGGGGAUGGGCAUGGCCCCCAACCAGGGCAUGAUGGCCAUGGGCAUGAACAUGGGAGGGCCCCAGGCCAGCAUGGGCAUGGCCGGGGCGAUGGGCAUGGGGAUGCCAGCGAUGGGGAUGAACCCGGGCAUGGGGAUGCUGCCCAAGCAGGACGCCUUCGCAGAUUUCGGCAACUUUGGGAAGUGAGGGAGGGGGGGGGAUCUGGAGGAGGCGACGUUUCCUCUCCCUCCCUCUCUCUAUCUCUCUUUCUCUCUCUCCCAUUUUCUCCCCCUCUCUCUCUCUCUCUUUCUCUGUCCGUCCGUCCGUGAAGGGCUGUGACAAGCUGCAAACUGGAAUGGUGUCUAACAGCAACGAUCACGCCAUGGCCUCUCUCUUCUCCUCCGCUCUUCUUCUUCUUCUGAGGUGUAAAGAUGCGUUUAAAUACAUGAAUGUUUGACUCAGUCGGAAACCAAUGAUCUUUCUGGAGGGGGACCCCAGCUGGCAGUGCGUGCGUGCGUGUGUGAUAAAGCGAGAGAAAGAGAGGGAUGUCGAAACCGUCAGAAUGUUCAGAGGGUCGUUGCUUUACAACCUCAAUCACAAGAAUAUUGCUGAUCGAGCGAGAGAGGAGGAAAAACGCUAGUAUGGAUAUCUAUUCAAACAUUUCUGUGAGAAGAAAAAAAAAUGCAUUCAAUACAAUUGACUGAGGUUUGAUUAACACGAUGUUAACGUAUUUGUUGUUGAGCAGCCAUCUUAACUCCCCCGUAGAACCAUAAUAAUGUCACCCUCCCGACUCCUCUCUCCUCCCUCUAACUGUAAAUAGCCUGUUGGUGCCAGAUGAAUAAGUUAUUGAGUACUUGACAAUAGACAAUGACGAGGCAGAGGGCCGUAUCGAUUGGACAGAAUCCAAUGUCAAUCAAGACCAUACAAGCAAACGGAGGUACAUCGUCAGUGUCUUUUGAUACUUUUUUUUUUAUUUUUACUAUGCCUAACAAAUGAACAAUUGUGAUUUGUGAUGGGGGGGGGGGAAUGUAGGAAGCUGUUCCAUUUUCAGAUAGCCUCUGUGGCCUUUCUUAUGGGUAUAUAUAUAUAGUUGUGCCACAUAUAUAUAUAUAUGGGGGGGGGGGAUUAUAGCUCAGAAAUAUAAUCAGUUCUGCCUCCAGAUGAGAUAAUCAGUAGUGUAGGAGCCACUGGGCGUGGCUGCGUGUGGUCGUUCUAAUACAGCAGCACGCCUGCAGUGCCUGGAAGUCAGUUGCCUUCUUCUUCUCCAUUAGAAACCUCCUCACCAUACCGACCGUACAGCUCUGCAGCUUCCGUGACAGUUACUGUGGAGAAUGUUACAGCACUGUGUCUGUGUGUCUGUCUGUCGCUCACCUGGCUUUGGAGUUGGCCAGAGGUACCUCGUUCCUCCCUCUGACCCACCCAGCCGUGUUCCCAUGAGAGAUUAUCCUGGGGGAGGCAGCGAGGAAGGAACCAUCUUAAUAGUAUUGUUACCCGGCCCCCCCGUGUCUGACUUGGCUUCCAUAUUUUCAUCAGAGAGGGAGGGUUUAGCGGCCUAUUGCUUCAGGAGUUCAUCUCUUUUCAUUUCCACUGUACACUUGGUUGAAGUGUGGACCACCCAACUCAUGCCAGUGAUGACUUGACAUGGGGUUUGAAGACACCCCCCCCCCCACACACACACACACACACACACUUACACAUCUGAUACACAGUAAGAAACGUUCACGGCCGUUCUCUCGACUGUCAUAAAACACACAGUAUAUCAAAGGCUUUGCUUUGAUGAUUGUAAAUGCAAGUCUGUUCUGUGUGCAACGACACGUCUACGGUUGCAGCUCAAUACUCUACAUGUGCUUCCUUUCCUACAGCUGCACUGACCUAAAUGAAAAGCAAAAUACAAAUCUACAUGCUUGACACUUGACCUAUGAUCUGUCUACAAUCUGGUAGUUUCCCAUCCUCCCAGGUAAAGAAUCCGAUUGGAGGAGAGCGAGGGGAAAUCGGCGACCAAUGAGAUGUAGCGUGUGUGCAGGGCAUGUAUGUAGGCCUGUGUGGUAGCCAGACGUGACUGUUAUGUGGAGUGGGUGUGCUAGCCCAGCACAUUCUGCACAAGACCUGUCAGCUGCGAGCUGACUGGUAGGUCCGAUUGUACACUUCCAUCCAUGUGUUAUGUGACGGAGCCGGAACAGGACAACAGUCCUCAAAAGAGCCAUAGACCAUACAAGACUGGUUACCCUUUUAACCAGUCACAAGUUCUAGGUGAAAAGAGAAGAGUACAAACAAAAAAAAGAUGAUCUGGUUUGUCAAAACCUGUGACUCAUCUGUUCUCUAGCAUUGAGGGGAACCAGCUGACUAGGACCCUGGAGACUGAUGCUGUGUGGUCCUAUCUGGUUGUUCUGGGUCUUACUCCAAUGCCACCAAACACACACACACACACACAGUCCACAGCAGCCUUGAAUGAUCAGUUCUAGGGUGAGGCAUUACCUGUUUCAAUGACCAAAAUCUAUUUACUCUCGUUUGUUUUUCGUUUCUUUUUUUUCUAAAUGAUAUUAUCCUAAAGGGGGUUUUAUGCUUUUAGUUUUGUUUUUGUUUUUCUACUUCAAAUUGUUCAUAGAUCUUCUGUGAUACAAGAUUGUAAAAACACUAGUUUAUGAAAAUGUUAAAACAAGCACCAACAAAACCGAAAACGCUUUGAAAAUGACGUUUUUCCAGUCUUUGGUCUUCUGUUUGAUUUGAAUUUCACAUCAUGAUCUUUAUCUACGAGAAUAAAAACAGUUGAUUGAG